AUGGCUGUGAACAAUUACACUAUGGUGACCGAAUUCUUCCUUCUCGGACUAACAGACCGGAUGGAGCUUCAAAUUCCUCUUUUUGUGAUCUUCCUGCUGAUCUACCUUCUGACAUUGGCUGGGAAUAUGGGGAUGAUUGUACUGAUCAGGAUCAGUCCCCAACUCCACACCCCUAUGUACUUCUUCCUCAUCAAUCUGUCUGUGGUGGAUGUCUGCUAUUCUUCCAUCUUUGCCCCAAGGCUGUUGAUAAGCUUAGCUCAGUCUAAAACCAUUUCUUAUACUGGAUGCAUCACCCAACAUUUCUUUUUUGUAGUUUUUGUGUCUACUGAAGGGUUCCUGCUAGCUGCAAUGGCAUAUGACCGUUAUGUGGCUAUUUGUAAUCCACUGCUCUACACUGCUCUUAUGACCAAAAGGGUCUGCAUUCACCUAGUAACAGGGCCAUACUUAGGCGGGCUACUGAAUUCACUCACACACACAUCUGGCUUACUGAGAUUGUCAUUUUGUGCCCCUAGUAUAAUCAACCACUUCUUUUGUGAUACACCAGCAAUGCUGAGUGCUGCUUGCUCUGAUAUCCAAGUUAACGAACUUUUGUUGGUCAUCUUCUCUGGGGUAGUUGCUGUUUCUACAUUCCUGAUCAUUCUAGUCUCCUACCUGUGUAUCCUCUCCUCCAUCAUAAAGAUUCGCUCUUCUGAAGGCAGAUACAAAACCUUCCGCACCUGUGCCUCCCACCUGACAGUUGUCACCUUAUUCUAUGGACCAGUAAGCUUAAGUCACUUGCUGCCCACUUCCAUGUACUCAAAGGAUCAGGAGAAGAUCUCAGCUGUGUUCUACACCCUGGUGGUCCCAAUGCUGAACCCAUUAAUCUACAGUUUGAGAAACAAAGAGGUAAAGGAUGCCUUGAAGAGAGUGUUCAAUUGUCGAAAUGAAUAA